CAAAGUUUACCCCCCCAACCAAAAAAACCUGAUAUUUUUGGUUCAAUCCAGCCGACGCUCGAGCUCUCCAUCUCCAGUCUCGACUUUGUUCCCCAUUCCCUAAAUCUCACCAGCGUCGUUCACGAUCUCCAGUUCCGACCUCACACGGUCAGAUCUUACAAGCCACAGCAUUGCCGUCGUUCACUCUCCAGCUCCGAGCUCCCACGGUUGGCCGUUCGCACUCUAUCCCAAUCUCCAGAUCUAAUCUCUCCUCCUCUUCAGUACUCAUUUACAUCGUGCGUCGUCAAUGGAAGUUACUAUUUCCUCACCAGAGCCCCAAAAGCUUGAAGCGUCUCAAAUUUCAAGCGUCAAAGCCUUCAUUGAAUCAAACGACGCCGUUCCAAUCCCUUCUACCUACUUCUCUGUCCAUGAGCUUCGUGAAGAUGUUGCAGAAAACAACCUUGCUGCUUCCAUCCCCGUCAUAGACUUCUCCCUCCUCACCUCCGACAACCCUCAUGUCCAUGCCAAUGCUGUCCGACAACUCGGCACUGUCUGCAAAGAAUGGGGCUUCUUCAUGAUCAUAAAUCAUGGGAUUUCAGAGAAGCUGAUGAAGGAUCUAUUAAACAAGAGUGUCGAGUUUCACAACUUGUCUUUUGUGGAAAAGAAGGAGCUUGCAAAUGAAGAAUUGGUCACACCCAUUAGAUAUGGCACAAGUGCUCUUCCUCACGGGGAGAAGGCUGAUUGCUGGAGAGAUUAUCUCAAAGUUGAAACACAUCCUAAUUUCAAUUUUCCCCACAAACCUCCUGGUUUCUCGGAGCUUGCGUUUGAGUACAGUAGGAAAAUCAGAGAGGUAUUGAGGACUUUGCUUCAAGGAGUAUCUGAGAGCUUAGACUUACGAGUUACGACCCAAUGCCAUUAUUGAUUACACAGACUACGAUUCAAGUUAUCAGACAUGUCAAACCAACUUGUACCCUCCAUGUCCUAAACCAGACCUUGUUUUAGGGUUGCUUCCUCAUAAUGAUAACGGCUUGAUGACACUUCUCAUUCAAAAUGACGUAAAUGGCCUUCAGGUGAUGCAUGAUGGCAAAUGGGUCAACGUCAAUCCUAUUCCCAAUUGCAUACUUGUCAACACUGGAGAUCAACUUGAGGCUGUCACUAACGGAAGGUACAAGAGUAUUCGGCACAGAGUAGUGGUGAAUGAAAGACACGCAAGGGUUACGUUGGCACUGGGGAAUGGACCUUCCCUUGAGAACGAAACAGGUCCUGCACCGGAGCUUCUACAGAAGGAGAAGGCAGUGUAUAAGAGCAUCAAGUAUAAGGAUUACUUCAAAGUUCAACAAGAGGCCAGAAUUGCUGAUAAGAGAGGCUUGGAUAUGAUUCGUAUUAAUUAGUGACAAUAAUAAAUUAUGCUCCAAUCAAUUAAUAAACUCAUGUAAUCUUAUGUUAUUAUUCGACGAUAGAUUUGAGUUUGUGUCUUGGUCGCUAGCCUAUAUGCUUAUAAAUAUUGUGUGAUGAUGGGGAGAUGCAUGGAUUGAUAUUAAGUUGUCUGGUAGUUAAAUUAUUCUAUGUUAUUAAGUAAGACUAAGCCGACCCCAUCUAAUAAGAUAAGGCUUGUUGUUACUGUUGUAUUAAUUAAGACUUUGUUGGUUA